AGGAACGGCGGUUUUGUCACCAGUAUUGUUUAGCCGCGCAGACCGGGCCGACUGUGUAUUUCUCAGAAACAUGGCAGCGGACAGGCAGAAGUUGGAGGCGGGCGAAGCUCUGGUCACCGAUGAGGAGGUGGAACAGGCCCUGAGCGUGCUGGCUGGGAGCGACGCAGAAAACUGCUCUUAUCCUCGGGGUUAUGUGAAGAGACAGGCGGUGUUUGCCUGCAACACCUGCACUCCCAAUGCUGCAGAGCCGGCUGGGGUUUGUCUGGCCUGUGCCAAUAAAUGCCACGAUGGACACGACAUCUUUGAACUGUACACCAAAAGAGAUUUUCGCUGCGAUUGUGGAAAUAACAAGUUUGGCGAUUUCCAGUGCCAACUCGUUCCUGUGAAAGAGGAGAAGAACGAUAAGAACCGCUACAAUCACAACUUUGUUGGCUGCUACUGCACAUGUGACCGUCCAUACCCAGACACAGAUGAGCAGGAUGACGACGAGAUGAUUCAGUGCAUCAUCUGUGAGGAUUGGUUUCACAGCAGGCACUUGCGCUGUGCUGUAGUUGAACCAGAAGAGCUGCAGGAGAUGAUCUGCGAGGCUUGCAUGAACAAAGCUCCUUUCUUGUGGACGUACGCCGCCCAGUUCGCAGUACCGCCUGUGAUCAACGCCAGUCACUCUGAGGAGGACAUAGAGGUCAACRUUGAGGAGAAUGAGGAACAUCAAGGCGGGGAUGAGGAACCAACCUCUGGUGAUGAGCAUGCAAAGGAAGUGGAGAACAGGUGUUCCCCAGGCAAACGAACUCAUGAGGAAAUGAGCAGCGCAGAAAAAAGCACCAACAGGAGUGCAGAGUGCAGGCUGAAGGAGCUGCAGACGCAGGGGUUAGCCCRGCUGAGGCAGGGAGCGGUGUUCUGGCCUUACGGCUGGCGCUCGGAGCUCUGCACCUGCACGAGCUGCAAGAAGGUUUAUGUGGCUACAGAAGUGCAGUUUCUCAUGGAUCAGUCUGACACCAUUUUGGCCUAUGAGAAGAGAGGAUUGGAGGCGCCGUUUGGGCAGCACCCACUGAUGGCACUGAUAGGCUCCAUGGACCGUGUGCAGCAGCUGGAGGUCAUUUACGGUAUCAACGAGCUGACGGCUGCAAUCAGUGCGUUUUUAGAACAGUGCGUUUCUGAAAGAAAGACCGUCACAGUCGAAGCCGUACAYGAGUUUUUCGAGGAGCUGCGAGAGAAAAAGAGACGCAGGACCAACCCAGGAUACGAGUGAUGAAACGUUUCUGCUGCCAUCAAAUGCUGGGUUCAUGUGGUGCUUUAAAUGUAUGUGUCAGUUUCAAGAUGAUCAUAUAUUUUUUUUACUCAAAAUGAGCUAAAAGUUCAGAAACGUUGCCUACUAUACAGAUUAUUUUGUUCAGGUAUUAGGAUUAUAAUUUUGAUGUGAUGAAAAUGACUUGAAACUUUUGCUGAUAUUGCACAUUUAACCUUUUUUAUGAACAGAAGCAAAUAUGUCUGCAUACGAUGUCUUCAAGUUUGUCUCCUUUCUGUGUUAGCAGGACUUUUAAAUUGACCAUGAUUGUAAUUAAAAAUGUUUUUUUUUGUUUAAGCUUUGAUGUUAAAACCGUUUAAGUUUACUGUCAGUCAAAGUGAAUGAACGUUGAAGGAUGGUCUUUAUGUGAAUAUGGAUUAAUACAAAUAAAACAAGACAAAUUGUA